AUGCUCCUUUACUCGAUCUUGCUAGCCUCGAGCGUCCUCUUCAACACAGCUUAUGGAAAAGAGGUUAUCGGUUAUCGAAUUGUUUCUCCUGACGAAGCCGAGGGGAUCAAUGAUAACAAUAAGCCUUUUGACUAUAAAGCAUACGAUGAUGACUCAUUGUCUCCUCAAUUGGGACGCGGAUUUUAUAUGACAAACGUACCUGAUAGCCAGCUGGCUCUUUCUGACGAAUGGUAUUGUGUUAUCAAAGCGGAUAGUGAUAAAAUUGGAAAGGCAGACAAAGUAUGGAUCCCGAAAAUCUUUGAGGAUGAGGAAAGGUCAGUGGAAUUAUGGACCGGAAACGAAGACGCUAUCCUCGAGUAUAUCAAGUCCCUGGUGUCGGAUGACGCGGAAGAGGCAUUGCGCUUUUCAUACAUAGUAGGCGCUGGGGAGAAGCUGCAAAUGGUUAUUCCACCUGAAGCGAUAGACGAGGAUGACUUGGGUUUAUGGGCGCAAUGCUGGGCAACAGAGGAGGAGCAAAUGAGACAUUCGAGCGAAAUCGUUCCAUGGACGACUUGGAAUAUUGUUGGAAAUCUUGGGCCGAGCGAUCCAGAUGAAAUGGAAACGGAAACGGGCUGGUGA